AAAUGGCUCAGAUUCUAUAUGUGCUGAUGAAGUAACCAUGAAUGGAGAUAUACAAGGUAUCAGUAUAUCGCCAUCUCAGUCACAAGUUGAACUCCCUGGGGCCUAUGUUACUACAGACAAGGUCAAUCAUUCAGAGUACUCGAGAUCCUCCUCAUCUAUUCCUGCUGACAAUUUGAUAGAACUUGCAGCAGGUCAAGAAAGAUCUUCUGAUCCUAAAGAUGAAAAUCCAUCUAAUUUUCAGGAGACAUCACCAUCUGAAAGUCUUUCAAACAAUCUGAUGUGUGCUUCACAUACCAGAAAGAAGGAUUCUGUAACAUUUUCUGUGAAAGGAUUUCCUGAUCCUUCACUGGAAGACGUUGAUAGUUUUGAUAAGAUUUCUGGUGAUGAACAGGCCAAUAAGUCACCAAAGGAAAAUGCCCUCGGUUGUGAGCAGAUAGUCAGAACUCGAGCUGAGGUUAACUCUAUUGAAAGCCAGAAUUUCACUGAAACUUCAAAUUGUAAUUGCACUGAAGCUUUUGAAAGCGUUAAUGAAGGGUUUGUCGAGCAAGAACAUCAAGGACCAGAAUUGGUGCUGAGUCAGGUGGGGACGACCUUCUUCAUAGAUGAGGGAGAGGAAACUGAGAAGUAUCUUGGUAGUUCCAGCACCGCUUGUGCUUUGGAGACUCUCCAAGUAGUGCCUCUAAGUGCUGGAAGUGAAGAAGGUUUCCCUGAGGCAAGCAAAGUGCAUGAGUGGUGUUGCACAGAUAAGGAACCAAAAGACACUAAAGUUAACGAUAUGGAAGAGGACGUUCAAGACUUACACAAGGACCAUGAGGUGCUAAUGGUGACUAAGCAAAGCUUUUAGAGAAGCGUGAACCCUC